AUGUUUAGUGUGUGUUUAUGUGCUCGCUUCCAAGCAAAUCCAGAGGAGUCACAUCUCACCGCUGUUAAGAGAAUCAUGAAAUAUCUCAAGGGAACAACAAAUGUCGGCCUAUGGUAUCCUAAAGGUAGUAUUUGCAAAUUGGUUGGUUAUUCUGACGCUUACUAUGCAGGAUGUAAAACUGAUCGAAAAAGUACUAGUGGGACAUGCCACAUCCUUGGAAAUGCAUUAGUUUCGUGGGCUUGCAAGAAACAAGCAUGUGUUGCUCUAAGCACUGCCGAAGCAGAAUACAUCGCCGCAGAUUUUUACCCUGAACUAGUUAAGGUUUUCUACUCCAAUAUGGUAAGGAAGAAAGGGAAAUUAACAUCUGUAGUGAAAGGAGUCCCAAUCUCUUUAACUGCAUCUGAUAUUUGUGCUAUUUUUGAAAUCCCUCCUGUUGGUCAUAAAUUUGUUGGGACAAUUGCUCCAUGGGAAAACUAUAGCAAACAUGCCUUUACAAUAGCUUAA